CGCAACCGUUGGAUCAUUCGCGUCUUUUCUACGAGAGACAAAGUCAACAGGUUCUACCAGGGAAUUGCAGGGUUUGUUUGUUUGCUUGCUUGCUUGUUUUUAGUUCUAUCAUAUGGAUUUCAGUCAUGGAUCCUCUCUUGACUUGCAAUUAAACAUGAAACUUCCCAUUGGGUAGUUUCAAAACUAGCAGGAGGAAUCAGCUGCUAGCUUACUGCACUGUGGAAAGCUGCACGAGAUUCCUGGAUUGGAAUGGAAAUGCUAAUUUAAAAGGUCAAGCGGAGCUGCGCCUCACGUUUUUGGCGUCCGUGUCCUCCGUGCGGGCGGAGCGAACAAAGACCCGGCCAGAGAAGCCAGACGCCCAGAUUCCUCUCGAUGCGUUUCCCCAAAAUAGUUCUGGAAUCAUGCCUGAAAUGCCGGAGGCCAUGGAACAGGAGGAAGUGAACAUCCCUAGCCGGCGGGUUCUCAUUACUGGCGCCACUGGGCUUCUUGGCAGAGCAGUUUACAAAGAGUUUCAGCAGAGCAACUGGCACGCCGUUGGCUGUGGCUUUCGACGAGCAAGACCAAAAUUUGAACAAGUGAACCUGUUGGAUUCUGAAGCAGUUCAUCACCUCAUUCAUGAUUUUCAGCCUCACGUCAUAGUGCAUUGUGCUGCAGAGAGAAGACCAGAUGUUGUUGAGAGUCAGCCAGAUGCUGCUUCCCAGCUGAAUGUGGGUGCCUCUGGGAAUUUAGCAAAGGAGGCAGCUGCAAUUGGAGCAUUUCUCAUCUAUAUUAGCUCAGAUUAUGUGUUUGAUGGCACAAAUCCCCCUUACACAGAAGAAGAUAUACCAAGUCCCCUGAAUCUGUAUGGAAAGACAAAAUUAGAUGGAGAAAAGGCGGUUCUGGAGAAUAAUUUAGGGGCUGCUGUGUUGAGAAUUCCUGUUCUGUAUGGGGAAGUUGAAAAGCUUGAAGAAAGUGCUGUGACUGUUAUGUUCGACAAGGUGCAGUUCAGCAACAAGUCAGCAAACAUGGACCAUUGGCAGCAGAGGUUCCCCACACAUGUGAAAGACGUAGCCAGUGUGUGCCGGCAGCUGGCGGAGAAGAGGAUGCUGGAUCCAUCCAUCAAGGGGACCUUUCACUGGUCUGGCAAUGAGCAGAUGACCAAGUAUGAAAUGGCGUGUGCGAUUGCAGAUGCCUUCAACCUCCCCAGCAGUCACCUAAGACCUAUCACUGACAGCCCUGUCAUAGGAGCACAACGCCCCAAAAAUGCUCAGCUCGAUUGCUCCAAAUUGGAGACCUUGGGCAUUGGCCAGAGGACACCAUUUCGAAUUGGAAUCAAAGAAUCCCUAUGGCCUUUCCUCAUUGACAAGAGAUGGAGACAGACCGUCUUUCAUUAGUUUAUGUGUUGUGUAUUUUUUUAAAUGAAAAGUAUAGUAUGUGGCACUUUUUCAAGAAUAAAGGAAAUAGUUUUGUAUGAGUACUCCUUAAUUGUGACACAUGAUCCUUCAGGUUAAUGAUGCUGUUGCACUAGGGGAACGUUGGACCGACUGAGGGCAGUCAUGAUUUUCUGUUGAUUGUUCUGUUCUGGCUUACCUUGCUAUACAAGUAAUAUAAAUUAUGAUCCGUAAUGUCUGAGGGCGGGAUGAAACAGACUGUUAGACUUUGGAUGAAAUGCACUGUUCAUUCCUACAGCUUCCUUUCUUGUUGUUUUGUUGUUGGCUCUUGUGUAUUGAUAGCUUCAGUGUGUGUAGAAUCAUAUGAAAAUCAUCGGCGUUCAUUAUUUGCUUUGCUUGAGCCCAGAUCAAUUGCUUGGAGAAAAGAAAACUUUAUUUUUGCAACUGUAAGUAUGGUUUUUAAACGCUUGAUUCUUUAAUGUGUUAUGUAUAUCAGAGCCUGUAUAGCCUGAUGCCUCCUUCAUAGCACCGUGUGGCAGACACUUGAGAGAGUGCACGUGUGUGUAUUUUUUUAAUAUAAAUACAUAUAUAUGUCUCUUUCCUUCUAUCCCACUAAGUGAUGUUUCAUACAUGUGGUUAUAAUAAUGAGCCUUGUAAGUCUUUUGACCACUUCUGAAUAAUAAUAAAUACUUGCUGGCAUGUAA